CUCUUUGAAAUGUUUUAACAAGUUGUUUUGAUAUCCAUGUAGAUUUCCAUGUGAAUUGUACAUUGUUAUUUUUUUCAAAAGUUGAAUGUCUGACAAAUUUUAGUAAAACUUCACAGUGUAAAGUUUUUAUGAAAAUCAGUCAAGUGGCUCCUUAGUUAUUAUAUGAAGACAUGGCAAAGCAAAUGAGUAAACAUGCAUAACAAAGUUUUUAGGUAGUCAUGUUGCCAAUGUUUCUGUAUGGAAGUUCAUGAUCACAAUUUGAAUAUUCAUCAAUGUUCGUAUGUUGGUAUUACCUAGUCUACCAGAUUACGUGGUGCUUGUGGUCUCGAGAUUCAUUCUGGAAAUAUUUAACUCAAGCUGAAUUCACAGAUAAAGUCACAUUGGAUUGGAAAAUAUGUAAAUGCCGUCCACAUUGUUACUUUUUAUGACUUAGCACCAAGCUAAUAUUAAUAAUUGUGUGUCUUCGUGGUUGCAGAUGACUUGAAAAUUUUUCAUGCGCAGGCAACUGUUUCAGAGGUUAUUGCGGAAUAUGCAUGAUGUUUUCAACAAGUGUGAGAUGUGCUUCAGAAAGUUAUAAUAAAACGUUUGGUGUUAAUUUUUUCAAGAUCUGUAUAUUGGUACAAAAUUAUUUUUAUAGUUAGCAACUGAAGAAAAGCAGAAGUUUUAUUAACAUUACUUUGAACAAGGGAAUGUUGGUAUUAUUUGUUGUAGUAGAACAUUGCAUCAAGUAGAAAUGACUGGUAUAUUUCAUAAAUGAGUCACGUAAGAAUGUUUCUGGAAGUAUUUCAAGAUAGUAUAAAUUCAAGUAAUAUUUUGAACACGCGUUUAAUGUAGAACGACCGUCCAAAGAGUGAAGACAUUUUUGGUUUAACUUCGAAGAUGGAAUUUCCGAACUUGGGACAGCAUUGCUCAGAUGCAACUUGUAAGCAGCUAGAUUACUUGCCGUUGAAAUGUGAUGCUUGUGAAAAUAUUUUCUGCAAAGAACAUAUAAGCUAUAUGAGUCACAACUGUCCUUUGGCAUACAAGAAAGAUGUUCAGGUCCCUGUAUGCCCUCUGUGUAAUACGCCGAUUCCUACGAAGCGCGGAGAGCAGCCGGAUAUAGCCGUUGGUGCCCAUAUUGAUAGUGACUGUAUGUCGUCUCCUGCCAAAGACAGAAGAAAGGUUUUCACGAAUAAAUGUUCGGCCAGGAAUUGCCACGUGAAGGAAGUCGUGCCGGUGACAUGUGGUGAAUGCAAGUUUAACUUUUGUCUUAAACAUCGCCAUCCGAUAGAUCAUCAGUGCGAGGGUGCGGCAGGAGCAGCAAGGAGGAGGACAGUUGAAGCUGCGAUGGUCCGACAAGCAAAACUCUAUACGUCUUCAAGCAAUCAGGCUCCAAGACUAACGAGAAGUAAACCCGUGCCACCUCCGAAUGCAGCGGCUAUCAUCCAAGGAGGAUUGAGUGAAGACGAAGCUUUGGCACGUGCGCUGGCACUUUCACUUGAGGAUUCCCAAGGUAUAGAAUCAAAUGUCACCGUAAGAAACGACGGGCAGCAGCAGCGUCGUGAAGGCAACGUGUUGGGAAGAUCUGCCACAUUUUCACGUGACCAUUGCACGGUGUGUUGAAUUGCGAGUGUUGGUGGACGAAAAUAUCGGAGAAACAAAACCUGCUUCAAAUUGCGUGUUUUAAAAUUCUAGUCAAUUCAGUUGAGCUCAGAAUUAUAUAUUGUACGUAAAGUAGUAGGGAUAUUUCUAGAAAGUACCGACGUUUUACUAUGUUGCAUAAAUAUUGAGAAAUAUAAUUAAAGAAUUAGAAGUUGUGUGUGUUUUUUUUUUUUUUGUUUUUUUAUAAAUGAGAACAGCAUUACAUGAUGUUCUUCUGUUUAUAUCUAUAACAUUUUAUCAAAAUAAUAUGCAAUAAUAAAUAAUAAUUAAAUUACAUUCUGUAAUGUUUACAAGAACACCAGCUAUUAUAGAAAGAUAACUUUCACUUUAAAAUUAAGUGUUCGAGCUUGAGUCUUCUGAUUUAGGGUGUUGCGCUAGAUAAUUGGGCAGUAAACUCAUCACUUCUGCAUCUAAACUACUAGUCUCGUCGCUGAGACAGCUUUCUUAAAUUAUAUAUUACGCUAGGUAUUACGGGACCAGAAAAAACCUGUCACACGUGUAAUAAAUGCACCGUAUUUUUUUAAACGUCUCUCUCGAUAACUUGUGCAUUUCUUCAGCGUCUUCUAAUAACUCUCCUAUUGGCAAGAUGGCUGAUUUUAUUAUAUCCGAGCCAUGAAUCAUCGAUUAAUGCGCGCUAUCGACGGGUCAAGCGGAUUUGGCGUGAAUGGUCAUUGUGGAAUAAAUGUGGGUAAGAUGUAAACUUAAAUAGUUUAUUGUACUGGUAACAAAGAGAGCAUUUAUUAAUCUUUAGAACUGUCACACUGCCAACUUCUGCUGGAAGAUUUUUGCUGUUUUGAAAUGGACCAGACUGUGCUCCGAAUCAAAGUGACACGGUGCAUUGCUGAUGCGUUUAUACAGAUCAGCAAAACGCAUCCUAGAUCAUUCCAUUGUUUUCUUUGUUAAAAAUACAUCCAUAAUUCUGGACUUACCUCAUAUGUAGUGUUGUGCGAUUGUUAGUCCAGUACCAAACUUAGAACCACGCUUCUUUUAUUUUUACGUGUUUCACGUUUAAACUCAGCUUAUUUUUGCAGUAACGCCAGAAAAAAAGCCAAAAUUUGCACAAAAUGGUUUCCAUUGCCGUGCUUUGUAAUGUUAUACGAAUGUCACAUAUAUCCACAUAUAAUAACGAUGAUUAUGAUGCUAAUAACAAUAAAAUACAACAAAUGUGGAAAGUAAAAGCAAAAGUGAUUACAAAAUUUUUGGAGCAACAUCCCAGGUGAAAAUAGCGAAUAGAUAUAAUAAUAAUAAUAAUUCAAUUCCAUUCAAUAAUAAUAAUGCCUUAUGCAAAUAUGUUUAAUGCGUGUGACACGUUAUUACAAAAACAAAAUGUAUUUCAGAAAUGACUGCUUCACUAUGUACCUCAGGUGCAAGGUUUGUCUCAGGUACAUUGAAAUAAAUACCCUGUAAAAUGGUGAAUAGACAGAAUAAUAAUGAUAAUAGAUAUACACCAAUGCCCAUACGGAAUGAGUCUGAAAAUUUUGUGUAUUAGAAAUAUAUACAUUUUGAAGGAAUUAAGAAAUAAAUGUUUGCCAAUCCAAAAGAGUUGAUACAGAAUAAUGUAGUGAGUCUUGACCUGUAUGUGCUUUUAUAUUGAAUUGUAUACACAGAUCAUCUUAUUUUUUGGAAAUUUUUUACUACAGGCUGUGGUUUCUGUUACUGUUUUCUUGUAUAAAUAUAAUGUGAUAUGGAGUAAA